CAGAGAUAGCAAAUCGAUUCACGGCAAAGUUGGUCUGAAAACAAGCUCCAAAAACUGUGAUUGUGGGUUUGCUGGCUGAAAACUAAUUAAACUAUCAAAAACUCCGAAAUUGGAGUUUGAAUGUCUGAUAUGGUUCUGCAGAGAAGGAUAUUUGAAGGGUUUCUGCUUUCUUUUGAACAGAAGAUUUUGGCUGUUUCAAUUCUGAAUCUUCUUGGCUGUUGAUGGGUAUUGUAAGCAUUUUCGUUUUGAGAGAUUUCAAUGCAACAGAAACGUGUGGGAAUAAUGGAUGGAAGUGAAAUUGCGGAAUCGGAAGACAAGUUUGCACUUCCAACGCCUCCCUGUUAUGUGAAUGUUGGCAUUGCAAUCAAUGGCAGAAACAAGAGCAAAGACAUAGUAAGGUGGGCACUAGACAAGUUUGUUCCAGAGGGAAAUGUUAUUUUCAAGUUGAUUCAUGUUCGUCCAAGGAUUGUAGCAGUUCCCACAGCAAUGGGAAAUUUUGUUCCUCUUUCACAAGUACGCGAUGAUGUGGCAGCUGCAUAUGUAAAGGAAACAGAGUGGCAGACAACUGCAAUUCUUCUUCCCUACAAGAGAAUGUGUGCUCAGAGAAAGGUGGAAGUAGAUGUUGUAAUUGUUGAAUCAGAUGAUGUGGCCAAUGCAAUAGCAGCGGAGAUUGCUAAGUUAUCGAUUAAAAAGCUUGUUAUUGGUGCUCCUUCUCGCGGCAUGUUUACAAGGAAGCUUAAGCGUCUGUCAUUGAAAAUCUCGGCGCGUGCUCCAAGUUUCUGCACAGUCUAUGCAGUCUCAAAAGGAAAAUUGUCAUCCAUACGACCAUCUGAUUCUGAGACAAUCGGAAGCAGUAGAGACGACAAUAGUGACACACGUUCAGUCGUUAGUGAAGCAAGCAAUGCCUCUAGCUCCCAAACAGACAUUGGCUCGGUUGGUUCGGGUUCAAAGUUCCGCUCAACUUCCCUAACAAUGCAGCGAUUUCAGGCUCUCGCGACGAUCAAUCAGAACCUUCUCAAGACAAGAAAAGAUUCAGUUGACAGCUAUCAUUCUAGAUUCCAGUCUUUGGAUCUUAAUGAAGGAAAGAAUGAAUUUGGUUCUUGUCCCAGUAUUUCUGAAAGUCAGGCGUCUAGUAGUGGGAGCUUGGUAACAGAUAACCACUCAUGGGUUUCUGAUCAAGCUUCGACCUCUGAUGCUGUCACAGAUUGUUCUUCAUUGGAGAGUCAGGUCAAUUUCAACUUUGAGAUAGAAAAGCUAAGAAUUGAGCUCAGACAUGUCAAAGGAAUGUAUGCAAUGGCUCAAAGUGAAACAAAUGAUGCUUCUCGAAAGCUAAAAGAUCUAAACAAGCAACGGUUAGAUGAAGCAAGGAAGCUCGAAGAAAUAACUGCGGAGGAAGAAAAGGCCAAAGAAUUAGCAAUAGAAGAGAAAGAGAAGCAUGAAGCAGCAGAAAUGGAAGCUCAGCGUUUGAGACAAUGUACUGAAAGAGAAGCUGCACUGAAGAGAGAGGCGGAGACGAAAGCAAUGCAUGAUACUAAAGAGAAAGAGAAGCUGGAGAGUGCUCUUGUGGGGCCUGUUCAGCAAUACCAGAACUUUACAUGGGAAGAGAUUAUCUCAGCCACUUCAUCCUUCUCUGAGGAUCUUAAGAUUGGAAUGGGUGGCUAUGGAAAUAUCUACAAGGGAAAUUUUCAUCACACAACUGCUGCAGUAAAAGUUCUUCAUUCUAAUGAGAGCCACAAAAUUAAUCAAUUCCAGCAGGAGCUUGAGAUCUUGAGCAAAAUUCAUCACCCCCAUUUGCUUCUCCUCAUUGGUGCCUGUCCCGACCGCAGUUGCCUCGUUUAUGAGUACAUGGAAAAUGGUAGCUUGGAAGACAGGUUGAUGCAGAAAAAUGGGACACCUCCCAUCCCUUGGUUUGACAGGUAUAGAAUUGCUUGGGAAGUUGCCUCUGCUCUUGCUUUUCUUCACAACUCAAAGCCGACACCAAUCAUCCACCGCGACGUGAAACCAGCCAAUAUCUUGCUAGACCAUAAUCUAGUCAGCAAGAUUGGUGAUGUUGGCCUUGCAGCCAUGCUUCAGUCAGACAAUUCUUCCAUCUCAACCAUGUAUAGGGACACGGGGCCUGUGGGGACACUCUGCUACAUCGAUCCUGAGUAUCAAAGGACUGGCUUGAUCUCUCCAAAAUCCGAUGUCUAUGCUCUUGGAAUGGUGAUUUUGCAGCUCCUGACUGCAAAGCCAGCAAUAGCACUAGCCCAUGUAGUGGAAACUGCUGUUGCUGAUGGUAAUGUAAUGAACAUUUUGGAUCCAAAUGCGGGCAAUUGGCCCGUUGAAGAAACAAAAGAGUUUGCCGAAUUGGGACUAAGCUGUGCCGAGCUUCGACGUAGAGAUAGGCCUGAUUUGCAAGAUCAAGUGCUUCCUUCACUGCAGAGAUUGAAAGAGGUUGCUGAUAAGGCCAGAGAUUCAGCCUCCAAAUUACAUUUUUCACCACCACCUAACCACUUCAUUUGUCCAAUUCUUAAGGACGUAAUGAAUGAUCCUUGUGUGGCUGCGGAUGGAUAUACUUAUGAUCGUAAAGCCAUAGAUAAAUGGCUUGAAGUGAAUGACACUUCGCCCAGGACAAAUUUGCCUUUGCCAAGCAAGACUCUCAUACCAAAUUACACUCUUCUUUCUGCUAUUAUGGAGCGGAAGUCAAAAGAACAAUAACUUCUGCUUCCAUUAGUUGUUCAAAUUAAUGGGAUCGUUUAUUUGGGAAUCCCCUUACUUUAUGUAUUAAAAAAACAAAAACUCUGUGCAAGGGACUUGGUAGUUUAAAUAUCAUUUUUUUAAUGUAAAAUGUUCAAAUUUUGUUUAGUUUUAAGUCGAGUGUUGAAGUUGAAUUUAUAUGCAGAGCUGUAUAUAUUUUGUUGUUUAUGGAUUUACAUUUCCUGACAGUUCCUACCGGAAAACUGGUUUCUUAAUAUUUCAACUUCCAAAAGAAAUGCGACUUUCAGCUGGAGUUGUUGAAUAAAAAAUUGUGGCUUCUAAGUU